AUGUUCAGUCGGACGUUUCAGAGUGCCAUUCUAAAUGCAGAGGGUUAUAAUUUGCCGAAGGAAGAUGGCCAGAAAGAGCCACACAAGAUGACAUAUUGGUACUCCUAUAUUGAUCCAGCCCAUAGUAAAAAGGAACGCCCUGUUGUAGAUGUUUCUGCGCCUUAUAAUCCACUCGAUGAGACACACCAAGUACGUAAAUUAGGUGUACAGAAACUCGCACUUGGUUUUAUUUCCAUGAAUGGUUUGAUAGGAACCCGAGAGGAGGUGCCGUAUACGGACUCCUUGCACACUUACGAAUGUGUGAAAUAUUGGAUGAUUGGACUAAACGUUUGGUACCUUAACUGGUUUCUAGCCCGCGCGGCCAACUCCUACGGCCCUCUGGGAAAUCCACGUACGAAAUUUGCGUGGAGUAUAGUGCUGGCGAUGGGCGUACUGCGGGUGAACCUCGCCGGCCUUGUUGGCAUUGGCGGUUACUUCUACUCCUACGAGUGGCUCUACACACACGGCCCGUGGCCCUUCCGCAUUCGCGAUCCCUCACCCAACGGCUGGAAGCGGGCGUGGGAUGAGGGGCAGUCGUGUAUGCUGCCGCGGGCCGUCGCUAGUAUCUUUCCACCGCUUGGAUACGCCAUCUUCAUGGGGCGCUGGAAGAAGACAUCCUUCUGGUUCGUGACAACACUCGUCGCUGGAUUGCAGUACGAGUACACACGGAAGUGUAUUCUUUCUGGUAAUAGACUCUUUUACAGUUAUGAGGCCAAUCGUGAACUUAACCGGCAGGCGAACUGGGGAUCUCUCAGUCCUGUACUCGCACACCGCGUGGAUCCAGAUACGAAUCGAAACGCUAGCGUCGCACAGUUUCGAUACUUUCGUCUCACCAGUGGCACAAUGCAGGAUACAAUUUGGGAGAACGCCACACAUGAGAAUCAUCCAUUCUGUCGGGCAGGCAUGCGGCUACCAAAUCCAUACUUUAACUGGCAAAAGGCUCCACAAGCGUAUAAUGAUAAACCAUUUACCAGGAAGAAUGAUUUGUGGAGUAUGCCACAGGUACUGAAUGCUCAGAUGCGAUCAUCAACGAUGGACAGGGUUCCGGCCAAUACGAUUGGCUGA